AUGGCGAACCACCCAGGCGAGGAAAACGUAGCGACGCUUUUUGGAGACAUCCACUACUUCUACGGUCCUCCCGACCACAGCCCGCCUCAUCACCGCUUCGACAAGGGCUCCUACGUCUACCUCUUUGAGAAUGCGAACGACCGCCGCGCGCGCAUCGAGAUUGCGAACAAGGCCGGCACCGAAGAGCAGGACUCCUUUGACGGCUGUAAGUGUGCCCACCCGCCAAAGUGGCUGGAUCCCUCAUCUGACGGAAGGACAGUCCUCGAUAGGACGCAGGUCAAAUACUCCUACCGCCACCAAUGCCUCGUCUCCUUGACGGCGCCGCCUCUGUCUGCCGUGUCCAACGAGCCUGCGCCGCAGACAAGCUAUGCGCCGAUCCCCUACAACCCCGCGGCCCCUGCUGCGCCCGAGACCAUCCGUCACCGCGAGAAGACGCCGCCUCCCGAUGACGGCAUCGACCCCCUUGCCCAAGCCAUAGCCUACGACAACCAGGCCCCCUUCUCGCCCGGGUUCGUCCCGCCUCCCGGCUUCCUCCCAGGCCAGCACCCCGGUCUCGCCAGCCCUGGCCUUCCUCCGCCGCCGUCGGUCUUUGGCGCUCAGCCCGGCCUUCAGCGCUCGCAGACCAUGCCCGUGCAGCCCUCUGUUGUCACGAGCCCCUUCAACGCCGCCUACACCGCCGCUGCUGGGUUCCAACCGCCACCACCUCCGCCGCCUCCCCCAGGCGGUCCGCAGCCCCAACAGCAGUCCCUGCAGCAGCAGCAGCAGCAGCAGCAGCCGCCACAGCAGCAAGUCGCGACACCGCCCGUCCAGACCGAGGCCUCGCCGCCCCCGGUGCAGGCCUCGCCCCCGACGGGCGGCUACUCGUCGUACGCAUACACGCACCAGCCGCAGCAGCAGCCUGACACGUCCAUCUACGCGAUGCACCAGCAGCACUACCAGCCCACCGAGGCCGAGGCGCACAAGUACAAGGACCGGAAGGAGCCAACGGGACGGCUCGAGGCCAACGCUGGGCGGGUUGGAGAGGGGCAUGACUGGGAUGUUUAA